UUUCAUGUAGCGCACACAUCUCGUUUUCUCUCUCUCUUUCUUUCUCUCUCUCUCUUUCUAUCUCCACUCCUAGCGUACCUUUUUUUUUUUUUUAAUUCACGCUUAUCAUGACACAAAGAAAAGAAGAAAAACCAUCUGUAGCAACACACUGUUGGUGGAAUGAAGACAUUCUUUCUAAUCCAGAUGCACCAUCCUUUCGAGACUUUGUACUUAUCAGCGAGUUUUCCGAGCUAGAAGGCCCAUUACCUUUAGCCGUUGUCACAGACACUGCUUAUAUUGACCUCAAGUUUUACACAGAAACACCAAGUCCAUCCUCACCUCAUUUAAAAGACCUGAAAACGCUUGGUCUCGAUACCUUUGACUUUAACGCGUUUGUCCUCCGUGUUGUCUCUGUCGAUAGAAGUUCAGAAUACGAGCAAAUGGACGAACCACUCACACCAUCUUCUCUAUUUGCUGAUUCAGCAACCCCGUGUGCCUUCUCAAUUCCAGAUGAUACGCAGGUCUAUUUCACAGAUUCCGAGCAUAAGUUCUUUGCCUUUACCCAUCAUCUGACCUUAUUUGAUAUCAACGCAAGAGGUUACGUUCAUCCAGUCGCAUUAUCCUACAUCACACGAGACCCGGAUAAAAUCGUCAUCCGAUUCAGGGAGCUCAUGGAGAGAUUUAACUUGGUCUCACUUAAAAUGAAAAAGGGCAAUUACUCCAAUUUCACUCUAGAUCUUCAAUAUCGUCUGUUAGAUUUGGAAUACACCGAACGUAUCCAAACAUCCGGUCUAUCGCUUCACGCCAUCAAGGGCGCCACCACCGCCACGAAACUCAUGAUCGAUACGUUGGAAUCCAGUUUGAGCCAGAUGAACAACCAUCAUCAUGGUAAAACCAUCAUGAUGAAACCCGUGGUAGAACACACCACGACGGUGAAGGGGUAUCAACCCAAAUGUAUCGAGACCCUUUACCCUGUACCGCAUUUCGAGAGAAAAUUACGAUCCUUGGCUCAACUUUGUCAGGAACCCGCCGAUGAUGAGAAAAUGAACCAUGUGGUUCCACUCGUCUUUUCUAUCCUGGAAUCAUCGUCUAUCAUCUCCGAAAAACCUGCGGUGGCUACCAUGAACCAUGAUAUGUAUGCAGAAGCCAUCGUCUCGAUUCAGGAAAUGACGGCGUAUUUGGGGAAAAGUAGCGUUGUGUUGGAUGUCAAUGAAGAGGAGGACUUGUUUGUCCGGCCCGUUUCAUCCGCUUUGACAUUUGGUAGAACAUUUAUGCUCAAUAUGGAGAACCCGCAGCCACGAGAAGAAGAAAAGGAAGAAACAAGUGUGGUAUUAAAAGAUGAAUCAGACGUGUUAUUGGAUCAUGCGGAAAAAUUAAAAAGACCGGACAGUAGUAAACACUAUUCAUCUCAAGAAACAGACGAUGAAGAAAUUUACUACCCAGUUUUACAAGCGCCAUCGCAACUCUGGCCCACGCCCCGAUACCCGCCACGCCAUCUCCUCGAGAUACUCCGACAAUACCAAUCCCUCAUUGUCGAUGUCCUCUUUUCACUCUUGACGGGCAGAACCGUCCUGAUUCGUGGUUGCGAUGCCAACAAAUCGCAUGUGCAACAAGUUGUCCAUGCCCUCUCCGUCUUUGUACCCGGUCAAAACAGAGAGCGUCAUCAGAUCAUUCCUUGGUUUGAUCAAAGUCGACUCACCGACUCACAAAUUGCUAGCAUCAAACUGGUCGGUAUUGAUAAGGAAAAUAUGGAUGCCAGUAUUCAUAUCGAGGGGAGUUGCGUGCUGGACGUUGAUGUGAAACAUGGAUCACUUCAUUCCAGUCCUGUCUAUGUGGAGGGACAAUGGAUCAACCAAUUACUCGAUCGUCUCAUGUUAUUUACCUCCGAUGAGUCUUAUUUGGCAUAUUUACACACCGUCUUCAUGACAAUGUCACUCAAGGCAUUCGUGUACCACCAUCUCUAUCUAUGCGAUGAAUUCAAACUCACAGAAGAGAGCAUCCCAUCCGACACUCAAAGUGUUCAUAAAGGCUAUACCUCCGAGACUUCCGAAAGUAGUACACUCAGUCGAAGAUGGAGUGUGCGUCUCUUGAACUAUCUUAAAAAGCAUGAGGACCCUCCUGACGAUGAUUCUAUUUCAAGACGUUCUUCUGUAUCUACCACCGUAUCUACCGUCCCCAUAGCAACAACACCUGCUACUGCUGCUGCUGCUGCUGCACCACCACCAGCGGAACAAGAAACAACGGACAACGAUGAGGAUUAUUCCGAGGAAAAUCAAGCCACGGUAACACUUCAGAAUUUGUUCAACAAGAAACAAGAACAACCCCGCACGGUAUUAGGUUUAUUUCCCAGCAGUCCUAGUGAGACGUUACUUGUGAAUCAGGGUUACUGUUCCGGUGGUAGUAGUAGUGAUAGUAGCUCACCUCAUGCGAGUAUCAUGGAUGAGUUUGACCUAGGACCGAAUGAAUCCCUGUUGAAUUUUCGAGAAACAGUAAUAGCGGAGGAGGAGGAGCUUGAUUAUUUCGGUCAGACGAGGUUACCUGAUACAGAUUACGAUGAGGAGGUAAGUUCAAGUAGUGAAGAAGAAGAAGAGGAGGAAGAAAAGUCGAAACGGAGACCCAGUCGUCGUUAUCGUCGUCGUCAGGUUAGGUCGCGUAAACCAUCGGAUGUAGGUCCUGAUGGUGUUUCUUAUACUGAAAGAAGAGGUAGACGUUACUUGCAAGAGAAAAUGAAGGUCUAUGGAGAUGAUCAAACCAUUGUUGUUUACUUGGCUACGUGUGUCUUGUAGAUUUAGUAAACCCCUUCCCAUUUUUUAGUAUAAAAAAAAAAACUUGGACAAAAGGGAGGUUAUGCUCCUUUUAUAAGUUGUGUAAAUCCAUAUAUUCAUUUUUUUUUCUUUUGUCAGGUUAUGAAAUCCAUCCUCUUUUCUUUUUUCUUUUUUU